GGGAGAGGCCUCUUGGCCAGGCGGGGAGGGCGGUAGGAGGAUGCGGCGGGGAGUCCCCCUCUCUCGGGGGUGACCGGGGCGCAGGGGCGAGGUCGCCCCCAGCAUGAGCGCGGAGCCUGAGUGUGAACCCCCCGGGAAAAGGGUUCGCUUGAGCCGCUUCUUUCCCCCCGCCGCCGCCGCCAGCAGCAGCAGCUCCGGGGAGCGGCCGGCGCCCUCCUCCGAGAAGGUGGUCCCGCAGCCCCCGCCGCCUCCCCGCCUCAGGGAGGAAGGGCCCGGACCCGGCGGCCCCGCAGCCACCGUGGGGAACAAAGUUUACAAACAAAAGAGAAUUACCUCUUGGAUGGAGAAAAAAGGAGCCAAAACUGUAGAAUCUGAAAGCAGGCAAAGCAAAAGAAACAAUAUGGAAGCCGAGUCCAAAAUGGCGUUUGUUAAAAAAGAUUCUGUUUUUGACCACGAUGCAAAAAAGGCUGAGGGUCUCUUCGAGCAGGGGUGUUCAAAGUUAUCUGUGGAAAUGAGCACCAAGCAGGUGGCCUUUCCUCCAGCUGAGGGCACGUGUAGGGAUAAGCUUUCAGAAGCUGACACUCUGAAACAAACGCAAACAGGUGAACACUUGAAAAACGCGAACAUUCAUCAAAUGUACAAAGCUGGUGUUCAGGCUCGUCGAGCUGGUAAUGACAGUCGGGAAAAUUGUACUGCUAAGAAGCUGUCCUCAGGCAGCCCUGUGAAGGCAGCAAAUCCAAAACAGGCUUCCAAAGACUGGGAUCCUGCAAGGGAAGUGACUCUGCAGAGCCCCCAGCCAGUUAAAAACUGCAGCUUGGAGGAUUCAGUAGGCAUAAACGCUGAGGCAGACGAGGUGGAUGUGGUCCCCGAGAGCCCACUUUCAGAUGCAGGCUGUAUCGCUAGUUCAUCUGAUCUUUAUGACUUUCAGAACCGAGAUCAGGGAUGUUUGGGGGAGUCACCCUCUUUUGAGAAAGGGAGUGAGCCUGAAUCCCCAAUGGAUGUGGAUAACUCCAAGAACAGUUGCCAGGUUUCAGAGGCUGAUGAAGAAAUCAGUCCACUUCUUGAGGACCAUGACAAUUUUGAUGGGUCAGAAGUACCAGACAAUUCCGCACGGUUCCGAAGGACAGAUGCUGACCAGGAUUUGAGAAAGCUACAGUUUGCUUCCCGGAAAAGUGAAGGUGCUCGAUUUAGUCUCAACACAGAAGGAGUUGAUAAUCCACUGAAAGAUAGUGAAAUGCACACGGAGGCUUCUGGAACCUCACCCCUUCUGUCAUCUGAGUGCAGAAGUGCCAAGCCCUAUGGCAGGAAAGACUCUAAAAUUACUGCCCACUUCGCACGGGUUCAUAGAGCAGAUGAGAAAAGGAAUGAACAUCAACCAGGAAGAAAGUAUUGUAAAUAUACCCCUCCCUCACUUCCAACUAAUAAAAAGUGGUUUGGGACACCAAUUGAAGAGAUGCGAAGACUGCCAAUCUGUGGACUUCAUCUUCCUCAUUUGAGACCAUCUGCCAACCAUACAGUUACAAUCAGAGUAGAUCUUCUGAAGGAAGGAGAAGUACCUAAACCUUUCCCAACACAUUAUAAGGAUUUGUGGGACAAUAAACAUGUGAAAAUGCCUUGCUCAGAACAGAAUUUAUAUCCUGUAGAAGAUGAGAACGGGGACAGGACUGCUGGGAGCCGAUGGGAAUUAAUCCAGACUUCACUGCUCAAGAAAUUCACCAGUUCCCGUGAUUUGAAGGAAGCUAUCCUCAGGUAUAAUAUUACCUAUGCCAAGAAAUGGGACUUCACAGCCCUUACUGAAUUCUGCGAUAAGGUAACCAAAAAAAAAAAAAUUGAUCUUGACAAAAGCAAAAAAAAAAAAAGAAGCUCAAAUACUGCUUUCUAUAGUUUGACACCAUUUGAAUUGUUAUUUUUCUCUUAAUUCUGUCUUAUAUGU